AAGAAGAAGAAGAUGAAGAAGUUUUCUCGCUCACCUCCUCUUCCUUCCUCAGCCCGGUCACGCUGUCAUUAGGCGCCGGCUCCCGAGCCCUGACACUAAAGCCUGCCAAAAUGAAGAUCUGGGCGUCAGAGCACAUUUUCAACCAUCCAUGGGAGACGGUGACCAAGGCAGCAAUGCAGAAGUACCCCAACCCCAUGAACCCCGGGGUGUUUGGGGUGGAUGUUCUGGACCGAAGUGUAGACACAGAGGGGCGGUUACACAGCACCCGGCUGCUCAGCACAGAGUGGGGGCUCCCCGCCAUUGCCAAGUCUAUCAUCGGGGUAACAAGAACAUGCACUUAUGUUCAGGAACAUUCAGUGGUGGACCCCAAAGAGAAGAGCUUUGAGCUGAAAUCUACAAAUAUCUCCUUCACUAACCUGGUAUCUGUGGAUGAGAAGUUGACAUACAAGCCACAUCCGCAGGAUCCUGAAAAGACGGUGCUGACGCAGGAGGCUCUGAUCAGUGUGAAAGGUGUCAGUCUGAGCAGCUACCUCGAGGGUCUCAUGGCCAACACCAUCUCUGUCAACGCCGGCAAGGGUCGGGAGGCAAUGGAAUGGGUCAUCAGACGAUUAAACACGGAAAUCGAGGAGUUUGCGGCGACCGCUCGUGGUACUAUACGUGCUCCAAUGGCAGCGGCUGUUGCAGACAAAUGAUCCCAACUUCUCCCACAGCUUUAUAACCAUCAUGAUCCCAUGGACCUCUCAGACAUUUCCUCUCACUAAUCUGCCAGCACAGCCAAAUAACCACAGCCCCGUCCUUUGGCCCUACAUGUUUGUCUGUGUAUGUUCGUCCCUCCUCAGCAGUCUGCACUGACGAGUUAGACUCUCGCCGCUGUGGGCAGUGACGGGGAGUGUUGAGCUGAUGACAGUUAAAAAAAACGGGGUUGAAUUGGACUGCACUUGAAGCUCAUAGGACUUAGUCUUGUGAUGUAAAAGCUCUUAUUUUUAAUUCACACUGUGCCUCCGCAUCAUUUCAUCAAGUUUUUCUUGUCUGUCUUUCUCCCCUUUGCCUUGAACUUUUCAUCUCUCUUUAUAGAUUUCAAAUCCA